GCGCCCCCGCCCCCUUCUCCUCCCAGUUGACGGAGGAGCCAGAGACCCAACGCCCAGCGCGGCCGGCCCCGAGGAGCCGCCGCGGCCAGCCAGCCAGCCGAGGAAGAGGAGGACGGAGUGGGGGGAAGCCGCGGAGGGGAACGCGGUAUUGCAUUCUUCAUGCGCGUCUGAAGUCUCGCCCAGCCAGACUGCUUCCUUGCUUUGCCUUGUGCUAAUAAGAUUUGGGGCACCUGUUAACACCGUAGGAGCGGAGAAGUUGGCUCUUGUUCACGGAUGAGGAAUUAUUCUCUGAUAGACUUUUCUUAAGAGAGGCAUCUUUACAAUGGCUUCAGCUGUAAUCAGUUCUGUUCCCACUACUGCAUCUCGUUUCGCUCUCUUGCAAGUAGAUAGUGGCAGUGGUUCUGAUUCUGAGCCUGGGAAGGGCAGAGGUCGAAAUCCUGGAAAGUCCCAAACUUUGGGGAGCAAACCAACCACGAAUGAAAAGAAGAAAGAAAAAAGAAGAAAGAAGAAGGAACAGCAGCAGAGUGAAGCAAAUGAGCUGAGGAAUAUUGCUUUUAAGAAGAUUCCCCAGAAAUCCUCCCAGGUAGUUUGUAGCUCUCCACAGGAGCUUUCAUUGCCAAACCCAGUACAGAAAGACUUACAAGAAGAGAAUUGGCAAGAGUGGAGACAGAGAGAUGAACAGGAAUAUGAGAACGUCGAGAAUGCUUCCCCUCAAUCCAAAGGUGUGAAUAAAAAAGAAAAAAGAAAGAAUCAUCAGGGGAGGGACAAACCGCUCACAGUGUCGCUGAAAGACUUCCAGUCGGAAGCAAACAUAGAUCACCUUAGUAAAAAAACUGAGGAGGUAUACUUGAAAGAUGGAAGAACAGAAAGACUAAAGUUGGAACUCGAAAGAAAAGAUGCUGAAAUUCAGAAGUUGAAAAAUAACAUCACUCAGUGGGAGGCAAAAUAUAAAGAAGUAAAAGCAAGGAAUGCUCAGUUAUUGAAAAUGUUGCAAGAAGGUGAAAUGAAAGACAAAGCAGAAAUACUUCUUCAAGUUGAUGAAUCACAAAGUAUCAAAAAUGAGCUAACCUUACAGGUGACUUCACUUCAUGCUGCAUUAGAGCAAGAAAGAUCAAAAGUGAAGGCAUUACAAGCAGAAUUAACAAAAUAUCAGGGUGGCAGAAAAGGGAAAAGAAACUCCGAGUCUGACCAGUGUAGGUGAUCUCAUUAGCCAUGAAGAUACACACACACACAGACACACACACACACACACACACACACA